AUGCCCCUUAAGAUCAUUGGAGCUGGUUUUGGACGAACAGGCACCAACAGCCUGCGUUUAGCUUUAGAAAUACUUGGUUAUCGUACACAUCAUAUGAUCAAGGCAUUAUCUGAUAUUACUCAAGAUCCUCUUGUCUGGGAGAGAGCAUUUAAUGAUCCUGAAAACCACCCAGACGAAUGGGAAAGUGUAUAUGGAAACUAUGAUGCAGCUAUAGACUGGCCAACUGUCACGCAUUACAAAGAAUUGAUGAAGAAGUACCCCGAUGCAAAGAUUAUUUUAACUACACGAUCCGCAGAGAGCUGGUACAAGUCGAUGAACAAUACUAUAUUUAUGAAAAUGCACUCCAAUUAUGUCGAGGAACUCCCUGAGCACCCGCGACUCUUUCUGAAAAGUCAGCAAAAAAUAAUGCUUGAUGGCUAUUUAAAAGAUGAUCUCAGCAAGUCUCAUAACAAAGAAGAACUCUGCAGAAUGUUUGAAGAACACAACGAAGAGGUGAAACGGUUGGUUCCUCCCGAAAAACUGCUUGUACUUGAAUUAGGCGAAGGAUGGGAUCGUCUGUGUGAAUUCCUGGGAGUUUCUGUGCCUGGAACACCCUAUCCAAAUACAAAUAGUUCCGGUGAAGGAUUUGAAAAGAAUGCCGAGAUCGUUCUCAAUGAAUUAGAAAAGCAAAAACUAGAUUUACAAAAAGUAAAAGCUGCUUAA